AUGGCACCUCCAUGCCUCUCCCGACUCCUCCUUGUCUUCCUGGUGGGCCUCACCCAUGUCAUUGCUCAUCCUGUCAACAAGGACGAUCCAGCAGUGUUGGGCAGCGUCAACGUUAAGGAAUCACCAGACCUCAAGUGGAGGCCCAAAAGUGAAAAGCACGACCACCUUCAAACUCACGCCCAGCACGGCAGCAAGGACUCCACCACCAUCGUCUAUCAUAAACUCACGGCGACGACUGAUGGCAAGGACGUAUCAAAGGACAAGCCAGACGAGAAUGAACAAGAAGAAUCGACCAAGACCGAACAACCAGCGGAGUUUUCUUCAAAACAUGACAAGAAUAUGGGCGCAACUCAAAAACACAAGGAUUUGGAGAGACACGAACACAAGAAACAUGAGGACGAAAACAUAAAGUAUAAGAACAAAGCGGAGGUGCAGCCUGAUUUAUUUAAGCCAUAUCGUUCAAGCCGCACGUCUGCCAACGAUAAUAAGAAGUCUGAAACCACAAAACAGCGGAAGGAUAAUUCUAUCGACAAGAUCAAGAACAGCGAGUCAUACGAAAAGUUCGGGGGAAAGCAGCAGAUUAAGCCUACGGACCAUGAAUACGUCAAACCUCAGCGGGAAAACAGGGUCAACAAGACACCGCGUCCUAUGGUCGGCGAGGACAGGAUGAUCAGACACAAAAAGCCUUAUGAUAAUGUCUUCGCCGAGGGCAGGAGAAGGGAGGAGCAAGAAAAGCUCAAAAAAAAGCUUUCUAAAAACGACAAGAAGCAAGAUUCUGACACAAAGCUGCAAACGGAGAACAAGGAGAGGAAACAGAAACCAGAGACGAAAACAAACACGGCCUCGGAACGCCCCAUGCCUACGCCCUCUAGUUUGUUUGACAACGCUGUGGCCAUCGAGAUUAACAACUUCACAGUGGAGUCACCUGUUUCCAGCCGUUAUGAGAGGCUGAAAUCGAAGCUAACCAAACUUGGCCACCAAGAGAAAAACCAGGAUGAGCUUUACAUUGGGCCUAGGAAAGCCGAGAACCUUGACAAGGCCAAGCUAUCCAUCGAAACUGAGGAGACGAAUGAGAAGACCAAGGAGUCUGUGAAGACCUACAAGACGCCCCAUCAAGAAAAGGACAAGGAGAUCAACAAGGAACCAAAGGUAGAAAUCCCUUACAGCCCGGAUGCCGAUUGGACGUCCAGGUCCAGAUUUAGGGGCCGUGAGAAGAACUUGGAGAAAGAUUCGUCGGCAACGGGCACGAGGAAGGUAUCUUCGGAUGCGAGAAAGUUAUCUUCGGAUGCUUUUGGAGAUAAAUCCCAGGCUUAA